AUGCAGGGAUAUUUAACUCUGAAUAGAACCACUGUGUUUAACACAAGGCAAUGGCAUUACUCUGUAUUUACAGUCUGCACACCAGCCUGCACUACUAAUCUAUCAAUUAUACUAAACAACAGAAGAAAAUACAAUUCUAAAGCAACACAAAUGUCUCUCCCACAAAUAAACCAUGUCUUAAAAGCUAAUGAAUAUAGUUUAAAAGUCAAUGGUUAUGAUGGACGGCAUAAUGGGUCAGUUAAAGGGAUUCACAGUAAUAUCUUAGCAUCAAACUCUCCAAGCGAAGACCGCCGAAGUGCUGCAACAUGCCUGCAGAGCCGGGGCAUGCUCUUUGGAGUGUUUGAUGGACAUGCAGGGUCUGCUUGUGCACAAGCAGUUGGUGAACGACUCUUUUACUAUAUUGCUGUGUCCCUGCUUCCAUUAAAGACUUUAAUUGACAUAGAGGAGGCUGUGGAGAGUGAACGACCAGUGAUUCCAGUGCUGCAAUGGCACAAGCAUCCAAAUGAUUAUGUUAGCACAGACUCUGGCAAACUAUACUUCAAUAGUCUGAGGACAUACUGGCAGGAGCGGAUAGAUCUCCAAGAAGAUGAGGACAGUGAUAUACAAACAGCUUUAAUAAAUGCUUUCAAGAGACUCGAUUAUGACAUUUCCUUAGAGGCCCAAGUGGUCUUUGGGGUUCCUUUUACCCACCUCACACCUCUCAGGGUGGCCUUAUCUGGUUGCACAGCAUGUGUGGCUCAUGUGGACAGAGAAGAUCUUCACGUGGCCAAUCUGGGAGACAGUAGAGCAGUGCUUGGUGUCCAAGGGGAUGAUGGAAGAUGGUCAGCUCUCACUAUUACGAAUGAUCACAAUGCUCACAACCCAGACGAGAUGCAACGUGUUCUCGGGGAACAUCCCGCUUCUGAACGAAAGACAGUGGUUAAGCAUGACAGGCUACUGGGAUUACUCAUUCCUUUCAGGGCCUUUGGGGACAUCAAAUUCAAGUGGAGCAGUGAACUGUUGAAUCGCAUCUAUGAGGCACGUCCAGAGUUGCUGAUUGGUAAUGAAUAUGCAAAAACUCUGCCACCAAACUAUCACACACCACCUUAUCUCACAGCAGAACCAGAAAUUACAUAUCAUAAAUUGCGAUCUCAAGACAAAUUCUUGAUCCUAGCAUCAGAUGGUCUCUGGGAACAAAUGCAUAGACAAACUGUUGUGCAGGUCUUAGGGGAGCACCUGUCUGACCUCCAAUGGAAGAAGCCAGUUUCUGGACUAUGUUUUACAGUGGGACAGAUGCAUAAACUACUGCAAGAGAGAAAGAGCAGAGCUCUCUCCACUCUGGAGGAUGAGAAUUGUGCCACUCAUCUGAUCCGCCACGCUCUGGGUAGUGAUGGCUGUGGCUCCAUUGAACCCAAGCGCUUAGCCAAAAUGCUCAGCCUACCCCAAGACUUGGCAAGACUAUACAGAGAUGAUAUAACAAUCAUAGUCAUCCACUUUAAUAGUUCAGGUAUUUUACUCUAA